AGGAACUGUAGCCUACAGCAAAAAGAAGCCUCCUCCAUUCCAAGCUUUGGCCCCACGGAAACCGCCAUUUCUGCUCCUCUUUGGGUAAGGACUGAGAGCUCCUACCUCUCUUCUCCUUCGCCUCCUGAUCGGUUUUCAGACGGAAAGUUCGAAUCUUGUUGGGCUCUGUUUGCUCGCCCAUGGAAUUUACCACUGAAAAGACCAUUGAAGUUGAAUGUUGGAGGCUGAAUUUCGGCUGUCCAAAUGACCUUUCUGAUCUCCUGAAUUGUAUGUGAAUGCUGGAAUCAAAAUUGUUCCGUCCAAUCACAAAUCAACUUGACUGCUAGAGAUUUAUGGAGGCCUAUGGAGUAGUUGAAUUUAUGGGGAUGAGCUUGUGAAACAGCUGCUAUUAUCGAUGAAUCAAGGUGAGUAUUGUGACUGUAAAGAUUGUAGGGGUAAAUAUACUCUGAUACAUGAUGAAGAAGACCCAAGAGUGCUGAAAUUUCACAAACCUCUACCAUGUUAUGGCUGUGGAAUAGGAUGGUGUUCAUUACUGUUGGGAUGCUUGUGCCCGUUGCUAUGGUACAUUGCAACAGUUCUCUACUUCUGCAAAUACUAUAACAGAGAUCCAAGGGAGCGAGAUGGUCUUGUUGCUUGUGCCUUCGCUGCACUGAUCUGCACUGUUGCAAUCUCCAUCACAAUAGCUGUAAUAUUUCUCUAGCUCGGUUGAAAUCUCUGAAGAAAUUCAUAGUUCAGCACAAAAAAUGGUUGGGUAGAGGGAUCGCAUUCAUUAUUUUUUCUGCACAGCUUUUUUAGAGGCUGUAGCAAAUCACUGUAAUGUAACAAUCAUAUUAUAAUGAUUUCAAUCAAUGCAUGAAGCUCCCAUCAACAUGGAGUCUGAGAAGUUGUACACAGCUUCAUCUCUGUAUUUGGAGAGUCGCCGCUUUCUUGAUUCCUCGAGUUUACAAUGGAAGCAAUUUAACCACUUUCUUAAGCCCGUCCUACCGAUCGAGAGGUGGCGCCGGCGACGUAAAAUAGUUUUAAUUGAACAGUGAAAAUGGCCUGUGAUUUAUCUGAACUUGAUCGUUACAUGAUGAACUUUUACUCUUUGUAAUGAUCAUGGCGCAUGCAAUUGCUUAUGUCUUCAAAUAGAAUAGCUUUCCCACAUUCUUUUUUA